CGCGCGCCUGCUCCCAACCGGUAGGGGCCGCCACCAGGCUGAGGGGAGCGGAGCGUGAGGUGUCCUGAGGAUGGCUGCAGCUCCCCCAAGUUACUGUUUUGUAGCCUUUCCCCCAUGUUCUAAAGAUGGGCUGGUGGUGUUCGGAAAGAACUCUGCAAGGCCAAGGGAUGAAGUACAGGAGGUUGUCUACUUUGCUGCCGCAGAUCAUGAUCCAGGAAGCAAAGUUGAGUGCACAUAUAUUGAGAUUGAGCAGGUGCCGAAGACUCACGCAGUUGUGCUGAGCAGGCCCUCCUGGCUUUGGGGGGCAGAGAUGGGAGCGAACGAGCAUGGAGUCUGUGUAGCUAAUGAAGCCGUCGUAACCAGAGAACCAGCUUCUGAAUCUGAAGCCUUGCUUGGAAUGGAUCUUGUCAGACUUGGCCUAGAAAGAGGAGCAACAGCUAAAGAGGCACUGGAUGUAAUAGUUGGUCUGUUGGAAGAGCAUGGACAAGGUGGAAAUUAUUAUGAAGAUGGGAGCUCAUGUCAUACUUUCCAAAGUGCAUUUUUGAUUGUGGACAGAAAUGAAGCCUGGGUACUGGAGACUUCUGGAAAGUACUGGGCAGCGGAAAAAAUCACAGAGGGGGUAAAAUGCAUUUGCAAUCAGCUUUCAUUAACUACAAAAAUUGAUGCUGAGCAUCCUGAACUAAGGGAUUACGUGAGAAGUCAAGGCUGGUGGAAUGGAGACUCCGACUUCAAUUUUUCUGAAGUGUUCUCUCUAACUGAUGACCAUUUAGCCUGCUCUUCUGGCAAGGAGAGCCUAGAAAAGCGAGGUGGUGACGUUUCUGCACAAGCCAUGAUUGAUGUCCUGCGUGACAAGGACAGCGGUGUCUGUGUGGACUCUGAAUCUUUCCUUACUACAGCUAGCAUAGUGUCUGUUCUGCCUCAGGACCUUAGUUUUCCCUGUAUUCACUACUUCACUGGCACGCCAGACCCUUCAAGGUCCAUAUUUAAACCCUUUAUUUUUGUUGAUGAUGUAAAAUUAGUACCAAAGGUACAGUCGCCUUCUUUUGGCAAUGAUGAUCCUGCUAAAAAGAUACCUCGAUUCCAAGAGAAACCUGAUCGCAGGCAUGAAUUGUACAAGGCACAUGAAUGGGCCCGAUCUCUCCUUGAGAAUGAUCAGGAUAAAGGCCAGAAACUGAUGAGGAUUAUGUUAGACCUUGAAAGACAAGGCUUAGAAGCAAUGGAAGAUAUCCUCACCCGUGCAGAGGUUCUGGAUCCUGCUGAAGUAGUGGAUCUUUUCUAUGACUGUGUUGACACAGAACUAAAGUUCUUCAAGUAAACUACGGUGGCUAUUGCUAGCCUUUUCACUGGAAGACUGCAAAGUUCUUCAGGCCUUGACAGAAAGUCUUUACACCUGUGAAUUUGCAGGAAAAACCUUUCUAGAGGAAAAAAAGUUACUUGCUAGCUGUAUCCGGUUAACAAAUUGCUUUUCUUUGUUCAAUCUUGUGGUGUUCCUGUUUGUGUAUGUAUAUAGUGAAAGGAGAAAGUCACUGACUGGUCCAAUUACUUUGUGCAUGCUGGCUAAUUUAGUACAGAAUGUUUAAAUAUGUAUGUUGGGCAACCAAUUAAAGCAAAGAUUAACUUCAUCAGG